AUGGACCAUGGAGGCAUGGACCACGGCGAUAUGGGCAGCAUGUGCUCGAUGAACAUGCUGUUCACCUGGAACACCAAGAACCUUUGUGUUGUCUUCGAAGGCUGGCGAGUCACUGGAGUCUGGUCUCUUAUCUACACCAUUCUCGCGGUCAUUGCUCUCACAGCUGGCUACGAGGCUGUUCGGGAGGCGUCACGAAGAUUCGAGUUACAGCACGCAAGGAAGAUAGAGGGUCUACAUCACUCAUCUGGAAGCAUCCCUACCCCGAACGAACGAAGCUCACUCCUAGGUUUGGCAGGAAACUCUGUGGCAGCCGAGGAGAAGAAAGGCAAGACUAUCAAAGCUGUUCUGUAUGGCGUACAGGUCUUCUAUUCGUUCUUCAUCAUGCUUCUGUUUAUGACUUACAAUGGUUGGAUUAUGAUCGCCGUGGGUGUUGGUGCAACGAUUGGAUAUAUGUUAUUUAGCGAGUCGAGCGCUACCAAGUCAGCUGCUUGUCAUUGA